AUGGUUGGCGACGCACUAAGUCGUAAGGUUAUGACUGAAUUGAGGGUGUUGUUUGCUCGCCCCAGUUUAUUUGAUGAUGGAAGUCUACUAGCUGAGCUUCAGGUUAAGCCUACGUGGAUUGAGCAGAUUAAGGGUUUGUUGCAGCCAAUUAAGGUUCCACUUUGGAAGUGGGAGCUGGUGACUAUAGACCUUGUUAGUGGGUUACCCCUCACACCCACUAAGAAGGAUUCUGUAUGGCUCAUCGUGGAUCCAUUGACCAAGUCUGCCCAUUUCAUACCGACUGAGUUAGGCGAGCAACGAGUUCUGGGUCCUGAGCUAGUUUUUGAUACUGAAGAUAAGGUCAGAUUGAUACGGGAUCGACUGAAAGCGGCAUCUGAUAGACAAAAGUCUUAUGCACACUUGAAGCGACGCGAGAUUGAGUAUUCUAUGGGAGACUCUGUUUUUCUUAAGGUUCUAUGGCAUAAUCAUAGCUCUGAGGAGGCCAUGUGGGAGCCUGAAGAUGCAAUGCGUCAACAGUAUCCUUAUCUAUUCUGA